AUGUCAAACACUAGAUCUCAAGCACUUGGAUCGGCAAAUGAGUCAGGUUACGUCACUGCACGUCCAAAAUUCAACCGCGACUCGAGCACUGAACCGGUCGAAGAUUCAUCUAUGGGAUCGGAUACUGGAGACGAAGAGCGAUACAGCAUGGAAGCCAUGGCCCGAGACCUGCACGACGCCCGUAAUAGGAUUGCUUAUCAUCAUCACAACAUUAUUGACAUGUCAGAGGUGGUGGAUGCGAUGUGUGGUUAUGCAUACACUGUUAGGAGGAUGGCAAUUAGAGCUAUGAUCACUAGCGCUAUCGUGGGAGGAAUAGCAUUGAUUCUGACAGUGACACUUGUCUGGGUGAUUGUGAUUUGGGGUUGA